UAGUUAUUAGUGACCGAAGAGAUCGGAAUUGUGAAAACUUCCUUCCCUGAUCCGAAGUUUCAAUAACUGCAUCUUCUUCUUCAUCCAAACCCUUCCAUUUCUCUCCAAUGUCAUUCAACUCAUCUUCCAUUCCCUUGUGGCUCUCCACCCGGACCUCAUUCGGAGUGAAACUAUGGGUUCUCAUUCUUACUUCUCUUCUCCUUUUUCUUCUUUUCCUUCUCAUUCUCGCCUUCAUUUUUCGCGUCUAUUGUCGCCGGAGGAACCGUAAUUGGAAUCGGAACCGUCCAAACAAUGAUCCUGAAGCUGCGGUUUCGGCCGAAGUUCGUCCGGAGAUGGAGAUGAAGGUUAAGAAGGGUUCCGAUCAUCAAUUUUCCUGCCAGGGUAGUCUGACUACUCAGCAUAGUAUUGUCACAGAUUGGGAGUAUUCUGCCGGCCAAUACUCUCCCAAGGCGUUUAAGGACCGGCGGAGAAGGAGCACAUUUUCGCUGGAAGAGAUUGAUUUCGCGACCGAUGGAUUCAACGAAGAGAAUCUCAUUAGCACCGAAGAUUACGGUGUGGAUUACUUCGGAAACAUGACUGAUGAUACAAAAGUGAUUAUUAAGAUAUUCAAUGCAAAUUACAGUUUUGGAGACGACGAGUUCAUCAGAGAAGCAGAGAGAAUUCGGCAUAUUAGCCAUAAAAAUCUGGUCAAGUUGCUUGGAUACUGCACCCAGGGAAUUCCUAAUAAUAGGAUGUUUGUUUAUCAAAAUGUGGACAAUGGGAAUUUGCAUCAGUGGCUUCAUGGAUAUCCACAGAAACCAUUUAGCCCUCUGACUUGGUCCAUUAGGAUGAACAUUAUUCAAGGAAUUGCAAAAGGAUUAGCAUAUCUUCAUGAAGAUGUAGAACCACAAAUUCUUCAUGGCAGGCUUAGAUCCAGCUGCAUAUUACUUGAUCAACACUGGAAUCCCAAGAUUGCGAAUUUCGGACUCGUUGAGCUUUUGCCUUUGGAUUACUGGCCUGGACCUUUGGUUAGAGAAACGUAUGAAUCUCUUGAUCAGAAUGAAUCAACUAGUCCAUUCACAAAGAAGAAUGAUGUUUAUAGCUUUGGAAUACUUCUCAUGGAGAUGAUAACUGGAAAACCUCCUUCGGACUGCAAUCAAUCACAACCAGAUUUGAUAGAGUGGGUGAAGUCAAUGAUUGGGCAUCAACAGCCAUUUGAAACAGUCGAUUCCAAAAUGGAAGAAAAACCAUCGUCAAAGCAACUUAAACGGAUGCUAUUAAUUGCCCUUCGCUGUGUUGAUCCAGACAUACAGCAUAGGCCCACUAUGGCCCAAAUCCUUCUCAUGCUUCAACCUCACGACAUUUUACUCACCGAUGUACGUAUUUACAGUCAUUCACACUCUACAUGUAUAUAUAUUCUUCUUAUAUACUCGUUCAUACACGUACAUAUAAGCAUAUAUAUUCAUUCAUGCACAUACAUGCAUAUAAAUAUAUAGGUAAUUACUAGAACUAACACUUUCAAGGCUAAUAAUUAAAUAUUGCGGCAUUUUAAAAUAAUUUCAAGUAUAAUACAAUCUAUAAAUAAUAAAUUUUUGUCCGUGAUGAACUACUCUAUUGAUUGUAUAUCAACUAUAUAGACUAAUUAAGGAUGACUCUAUCACUCUAUCAAUUAAAGUAUAUUGAAGGGUCUAAAUUUAUAUUUACAAGUUUUUUUAAAAAAAAAUCAAACCUGAGUUUUAAUGAUCUAUUCGGAGUUGAAUGGAUUUUUUUUUUUCGUUGAGUAGAUCAACACGUAUGGCAUGAUCCUAUUGGGCAAUGGUGCUCCUAACUAUUAGACCAACUAAACAUAUUAGUUUCAUUAAACACUAAACGUUGGAGAUAGGGCAAACAAAUUUGAGUAUCCAGUUGUUUGUGUAUAAUGUACGAGAGAGAGAUUGCACCUAUCUACUUUUGUAUGGCAAAAUGAUGGGAAACAGAUGCACCCAGGCUGAAGUAUUAUGUGUGUGUUUUUUCUUUUAAGGUUGAGACAAACGUGUCAUUGUCAUUUUGUUUUGGAAAACGGAGCUACACAUAUUUUUACUAACAUGCUUUUGUUUUCUUUUUAUUUCUUUUUUAUGUACACCUUUCAUAGGGAUGUCAAAUCGGAAUGAGUAAGUUCUUGUGAAGCUUUGGAUGAUUGUUUACCAUUCCAUUAUUGAGAUUUUCCUUAUUUAUUAAAUAAAAAUAUAUAUCUUUUUAAUUAAUUUGAGGGUUUUUUUUUAGAUUUAUUCUCCCCUCUCCUAAAGGAUAAGAGUUAUAUAAUCAAAAUAAAAUAUUGUUACACUGAUUGUAUAUAUUCCUAAUUUAUUGGAUUAUAAGUUUCUGCUAAUCAAAUUCUAUCAUUUUUUAAAAAAUAAA